AUGAAAUUUAUUUCAACUGAAAGCACUGAUGUAUCCGACGUCGAAGUCAGAGAGAAAGUGCCAAAGAAAUCAAAGACCAAUUCCAUUGAAGCUAAAACCAUUGAUGCUUUAAAAAAUGCUGCCACUGCUGUCAUCUUCAUGAAUCUUUUUACCAUCCACUGCUCCCAGAAUGGUGUUGAACCAACCUUGAAGACCAUUGUGGACAAUGGUGCUGCAUCAAAUGAAUUAUUUCAAUUGCUUCAACCUACCCACAAUGAAUCAGUUAAGAACAACGAUAAAAUUGAAGGUGAAACAUUGAAGAAGCUAAUCCACCGUAACUUUAGAUCCAAGACUUUGGUUCCAUUCAAAACUGACUACGAAGCUGCCAAUACUAAAGUAGUCGAAGCUAUUAACCAUCGUAACUGCUACUCAGCCCAAGAUGUUAUAAAUAACAUCGAAGCCAUUAUGAGUUACCACAAUGUAAUUAAUCCGGUGUAUCUCAUCCAUGGUACUGCUGAAGUUCAAUUAGAGUAUCUAUGA